AUGGUUGAUAAUGCAGCUGGAGGUGCUAUGUUAGAAAGGACACCUGAUGAGGUUGAUAACAUCUUUAAGAUGUUAGGAGCCAAUUCUCAACAAAAGAGUGUGAGGACAAAGAGAGUAGAAGUAAAUGAAGUAGUAGCUAGUAGUGAGAUGACAAUACAAUUGGUUGAAUUGAUUAAAGGAAAUAUGUAUGACCAAACAAAUUUGAUGAAUUCUUACCAACCCAUGCAUCCUAUGAAUGACCCUUAUUCCAACACAUAUAAUACAGGUACACUUGAAAAUGAUGGAUUAGUGCAAAGCAAUGAGGAAAGCAUACACAAGGAAGAAAAAGUAGAGCCUAAUCUUAGGCUUAAGGAGAAAGAAAAGGAAGCAUUUUAUGAACCUGAAUUUUAUAAGGCAGCUCAGCCUUAUAGACCCCCUAUUCCUUUUCUAAACCAACCCAAAGAGAGCAAAAAAGAUGAAUUUUUUUUUGAAAGAAUAAGCCAGUUUAUGCAAAAAAAAUUUGAAGAGUUGAACACCAACAGAAGGCGAUAUGCGAACAACAAAAAAGUACAAAUAGCAAGUGUAAUGCUUCAACAUCAAUUGCCCCUUAAGAUGAAGGAUCCUGGUAGCUUCACUAUUAAUAUUACAACAGGUGAUAAAAAGCAUACAAAAGCCAUGUUAGAUUUAGGAGCAAGCAUCAACUUGAUACCUUAUUUGAUGUAUGAACGACUUGGCUUGGGAGAGUUGAAGCCUACUACUAUGUCUCUACAAUUUGCUGAUAGAUCGAUAAAAUAUCCUAGAGGUAUAGUGAAAGACUUGCUAGUACAAGUAGGUAAGUUAAUAAUUCAUGUUGAUUUUGUAGUGCUUGACAUGGAAAACACACCAAUAAGGGAUAAAGAGCAAACUAUACUCAUUGGUAGACCUUUCAUGGUAACUACUAGAACUGUGAUUGAUGUGCAUGAUGAAAAAUUUACCAUGACAGUUUUAGGAGAAACUGUGGAAUUUAAAAUGUUUGAUUCUCUAACUUUAUCUCCUAAAUUUACUAUUGAUAAGUGUUCAUAUAAUUAUUUAGAUUCUCUUAUUUAUGAACAAUUAUAUGAUGCUAUUCUAUUCUUAAUUGACAAGAGCUUUCGUGAUACUUUAGAUGUUCGCAUUAAAAGCAUAAAGCCAUAUUUGAAAGGAAUAGCUUAUGACGAAGAGGUGGAGUGCGCGGAUGAACGCCCACCAUGA